AUGGCAUCCGUCUGUCGCGCCAUCGAGAAGAAGGCGAACACGCAGAGGAUGCUACGCAUGGAUGCCGAGCAUGAUCGAGACUGGACGUCCAUCGGCGAGCAGCUCGGAGCAGUGGACACAGGGAUCUGUCCGAGGAGGUGCGGCGGCUGCGCAGCAGGACCCGAGCCACCGGAGGCUAUCCAGUGGAGCCGCCGCAGAUCCUUGCCGUGCACCCGAGCUCCCACACUUGCAGGAACUAGUCUUUGCGAUUCGACAUGUAAUGUCGUGACUGAUCGCCGCCAGCGCCGCUUCGGAUCGCCGCCACCACCACCGCCGCUCCGGAUCGCCGCCGUCUGGAUCGCCGCCGCCGCCGCCGUCUCUCCGGAUCGCUGCCCCCUUCGCCGCCGUCUCUCCGGAUCGCCGCCGCUGCCGCCGCUGCCGUACCUCCGGAUCGCAGCCACCGCCACCGUCUGGAUCGCCGCCGCCGUCACACAGAAGACAGUGCAGGAGCUGCCGCCACCUACGCUAAAACCACCUGAGCGCCGCAACAAGAGUGCACAGUUACAUAUGACGAAUCCACAAAGCAAGGCAACGGAACAGACAACAGCGGAGGAUGUACCUUCAGGAGUCCAUACUACUUUGUCGGAACGGAGAUCCUUGAACAGACCGAAUGUGAUAGCACAUAUGAUGCUCCAGGCCCGAUGGAGGGGACAAAUGUUGCCGAGAUGUUGACAAUAUAUA